AUCGGGACCUGAGCCGCAGUCAGACGCUUAACCGGCUGAGCCACCCUGAGCGGCCCUAGGCUGUGUUCUUUUAAGUGUUACCGCUUUUAAUGUUUCCAGCAACGCUAGCAGACGGGAGAUAUUAUUCCUCUUCUUACAGAGGGCGGAGAUAGAGACUCAGAGCGAGUAACUUAGCGUUAAGAGGGACCACCAGCACCUGGUUGCUUAACUGGGAAGGCCGGGCUCUCCCUGCUACACCCUGCUUCCUCCCUGCCAGGAGCCUGGAGCAUCCCCUGGCCCGGAGAGGGAAGUCCUGGGAGGCGGUGUUGGAUCCCCAGUCCGCCCUCCUCGCCCGUCCCUGCGGAGGUCGGCGGCGUAGACCAAACAAAACUGUUGUGAACUGCUCGUUUUGCCUGCCGCUGCCUCUGCUGCCUCUUAGAUCUUCCUCAUAGUGGCCUCUUCUCUUAGCAUUUCUGGAAAAUGAGUCACGGAAGCAAGUGAAACUGGCGGUCAGUGAAACACCGUGGCUUGUUAUUUGUGGAGAUUUGGCGGUAAGAAGAGGUAUGUCGGAUGCAGUGAGUGCCUUAGAUGGGGGCUUGGGGUCACGGUGAAGCAGGCGGUGCCCAGGGUAGUGCAGAGUUAUGGGCCAUGAGCCAGCGGUGAGUGUAGAGCGGGCCCCUGACUCCUUGGGGGGCCUCCACCAGGUCACUCCCUCUGAGUCUCCAUUUCCGCUUCUCUAAGACGAGGGCAUCUGGCAUCCCGUACCUUUCGGAUCCCUCCGUAAUGUUGCAAUUCAUUAGAGGUGGACUUUCUAGAACAUCUCUUCUUUUUGUUGGGUUGGAGACAUGCUGGGGGUUCGGCCUGCCCUUGGCCUUGGUACUGGUGUGUCUUCACCAUUAUUGGCUUAUCAUGAAGUAGCACAUCUGUUUGAGUUAAUUCGACGUGUCUCAUCUGAUGAUGGACAAACUCAAACAGCCAACACGUGAUUAGUUGGCGGGGUGCCCGGCAAAAUGUCAGGUAUAUAUGCUGUUCUGGACCACACUCGUGUUAGGAGAAAACAUCAUGGUGACUGGCCUCUUAGAAGGGUUUAAUGUCAGCCUUGGCCGGAUGAGAUGUAAGAAAAAUAGCUACUUCAAGGGGUUAUUGGGAGGAUUGAGAAAAUGCAUGCAAAGUGCUUGGUACUUUCCCCUGAAUCUCACACGGGAACAAAAAAUGUCAGUAACAAAUGUGGUUUUUGGACUAAACUGUGACUUUUAUGUUUUUUAUUGGUGGGGGGUUUUGUUGUUUCCUUGGUUUGGGAAUUUCUGCCCAGUUUAUGCCCAAGCAACUCCGGAGGUGUGGUUCAUUUAUAACUGGUAAAAAUAAGCAUUUUUUUUUUCCCUGUCGUAAUUGAUUUUGACUGAACUUUAGAAAGUGAUGGCUUAAGUGUCAUGUGUUCAAAUUAAGGUUCAAAUUAAGUGUCAUGUGUUCCGUAAAGUGAAGAAAAACAGUUCGUCCUGGAGAUCCCCUAUUAGGGCUGGCUGGGACGAAGUUUAGGCUGCACUGUGGGCAAAUUAGGGUGUGGUUGUGCUCCCGCCCUGGCACAGUGGUAUCGCGGAAAUAAGCUGCCCGAGGCUGGGGGAGGUGAGCCGGCCGGUAGCGGCGCCCCCUUUCCCGUUGAGUGAGAACCUUUUCGGAUGUUUGACUCACCUGGAGUUUUCACAACAAUCCAACCGCUGGUGUGGCUGGUGGAUUCCCAGGUGACAGACUUGGAAACUGAGGUGCAGAGAGCUCUCCCGGCUGGGACGCGGCGGUGUUUUCUCGACUCCAGGUCUUGUGUUUUCUCCGUGGUGCCUCCAGCGCUGCCUUCUGUUGGGAGUUGUAGUUUCGGGUCCGGGCCUCUCUCUGCGGUUCCGGAAGCUCGGUCGUUACCCGUUUGCACCUUGUUUCCGGAUCAGGUGACCUCGUCGGCUCAUCCGACUCUCUGGCAGUUUGUUUCUCACCCCCAGGUGACUCAUUUGUGGUUAGAAGCGUGGCUGUCGGCAGUACUUGAAAGCUUGGGCUCUUCUUACCCCGUGAAUUGUGCUUCUGGGCCCCCCGCCCCCAAGUCUGCGUGGGAAGCCAGGCUGCCCCGAAGAAGGCGGUUUGUGGGAGUCCCGUCGGAGUAGGAGAGGACAGCGGUAGCCACGGGUGUCCGUGCCGGGAGCUGUGGGAACUGCCGUGGGACGCCGCUAAGUGGGAAGUGCUGGCUUCGGGGCUCCCGGGCUUUGAGACCCGCCUUGGUGCAGCCAGAGUACAACAGGAUUUACAGAUGGAUCCAGGGGAAAAGACCACAAACAGAAGUGAACAAAAAUCCAGCAGAAAGUUUUUAAAAAGCCUCAUCCGGAAGCAGCCCCAGGAGCUGCUCCUGGUCAUCGGGACGGGCGUCAGCGCCGCGGUGGCCCCGGGAAUCCGCGCCCUCUGCUCGUGGCGGAGCUGCAUCGAGGCCGUCAUCGAGGCCGCCGAGCAGCUCGAGGUGCUUCACCCCGGGGACGUCGCGGAGUUCCGCAGGAAGGUGAUGAAGGACCGGGACCUGCUGGUCGUCGCCCACGACCUGAUCCGGAAGAUGUCGCCUCGUACAGGUGACACCAAGCCCAACUUCUUCCAGGACUGCCUGAUGGAGGUUUUCGACAACCUGGAACACCACAUCCAGAACCCGCUGGUGUUGCAGUCCGUCCUCAGCCUGAUGGACAGGGGCACGAUGGUCCUCACCACCAACUACGACAACCUGCUGGAGAUUUUCGGGCAGCAGCAGAGCAAGCCCAUGGAGUCCCUGGACCUGAAGGACAAGACUAAGGUCCUUCAGUGGGCGAGAGGGCACAUCAAAUACGGAGUUCUCCACAUUCACGGCUUGUACACCGAUCCCUGCGGGAUGGUCCUGGAUCCGUCGGGGUACAAAGAUGUUACUCAAGACCCGGAAGUCAUGGAGGUGCUCCAGAACCUGUACCGCACCAAGUCCUUCCUGUUCGUGGGCUGCGGAGAGACCCUGCGGGACCAGAUAUUCCAGGCUCUCUUCCUCUACUCGGUGCCCAACAAGGUGGAGCUGGAGCACUACAUGCUGGUGCUCAAGGAGGACGAGGACCACUUCUUCAAGCAUCAAGCGGACAUGCUUCUGCACGGGAUCAAGGUCGUGUCGUACGGGGACUGUUUUGACUAUUUUCCCGGAUACGUGCAGGACCUCGCCUCUCAGAUCUGCAGGCAGCGCAGCCCAGAUGCUGACCGAGUGGACAGCACCACGCUGUUGGGUAAUGCGUGUCAGGACUGCGCGAAGAGAAAGCUGGAAGAGAACGGGAUUGAAGAUUCAAAGAGGCCCCGACGGUCCGAUGCAGACGAUGCCGGAGGGUCUUGAAAUCUUUAAAACCGCCAAAACCUGCCACUUGGAAGACCAGCCUUGUGUAACCGCAGUGCCGUAACCCAAGCAACGAGGAAUGUUCAGAGAACUCCGCGUGGCAUCUCUCGCUCCAAAACCAUCCUACACCCCGGGAGAGCUGCGCGGGCGCCUCGGAGGCCGGCUGCAAGUUCCACCGUGUGGUUCGCGCGUUCGGGAGGUAGAGCCUCACACGGGCCCCGACGGACGGCUACCUCAGGGACCGGCGUGGUGGGAGGGAGACCGGACUCCUGGCUUCUGCCCGACGGGCCCCCUUUGUCAAGGUGGUUUUUCUAGUAAAAAGGGGAGGGUGAGGACUGUCCAAGCAACAGUAGUUGCCAAAGAAGAAAAAAAAAAAAAAAAAAAAAAGACACUUGUGAUUUUUACGUGGAAACGUGUUACUGUAGAAAAAAAUUCAAAGUACGGUGGUUGCGUUGUUCGCUAGGAAAGAACGAGCGGGUGCUUGUUUGAGGCACCGAGCCUGCUGCUGUGAGAGUGGUCGGUGUUGAAGAGGAAAGGCCAGCUGAGUGGGGUCGCUUUGGAAUUCCCUAAUUUUGGUGACUUCGGCUCCAAGGAGCGGCAGGGCCCCAACUGGCCGCGGAGCCCCGGAGCCCCAGGGCCUUUGCACGAGCGCAGCUCGGCGCCGCAUAAGUCGGUGUUGCGACGGGCGCCUGAGAAAUGACCAGUGGAGCGCAAGACCAAGUUUGCAGCUUUUAGUUAGAAUAGAAAUCCCACGUUUUCGGAGUCUUUAUUCUAUGGGGGAAGGUCCAGCCUUUCUGUUCUUAUCUCUUAGAAGUGUCUCCCCAGGGCCCGUUUGGGGUUUGCCUGGAAUGAGGUGGGCAGACCUUGUCAGGGGCGUUGGGGUUCACGCAGGCAGGAGAGCACCACGCUGGGGGCAGGGCUCACGCCCGAUGGUGGCCAUGGCGGUGACCCUGGGACCCUGCUUGGUUUCCUCCCAGAGGCUGCCUAUUUGGGAUGUGCUGUCCUUGCCAAAUUCCAUGAUGCUCCCCAUUGAAGGCGCUGGCCCCCCACCCUCCCCCCGGUACAGAGAAAGUUAAGAACAAGAAACAUAAGGUUGGAACAUGUUGCGAGUGAGAGAUAAGCCAGAGACCUGCUUGAGACACUUUUUUUUCUCUUUUUGAAGCAUGAAAAAUCUUUUAUGUUACUCUGGUCACAAAUAAAAUUUUAACCUCGA